ACGACUUGAACCAUAUCGCAACAAUAGCGGGCAGGUCUACUGAAUCAGAGGCGAUAAGAGGCAGCGCGCGCGGCGCGGUCAGUGCGCGCCGCGACCUCUGACCGAGUGCUCCUGUGUUUGCCGCGACCUCUCGACACCUCCCGCCUGUCUUUGCGUCCCGUCUCGAUCGACAUGGACGCCAUGCAGCAGCCUUCAUGGCUGCAGAACUUCGCUCUCCUGGCAGGUAGUGGGAGUGUGGGCGGCGUGGGCGGUGUGGGUGCCGUGGGCGGAGUGGGCGGCGUGGGUGGCGCCCUCUACGGCCAGAACGUGGUGAUGGGCUCGUGGUGCGGGCCCUACGAUGCCCUGCAGCGCCCUCCGGCGUACGAUGGCGUAUUGGAGGUAUACGAGGAGGGCCGUGAGUGCGUCAACUGCGGCGCGAACAACACACCACUUUGGCGCCGUGACGCUACCGGCCACUAUCUCUGCAAUGCAUGCGGCCUCUACCACAAGAUCAACGGAGUCAACCGGCCGCUCGUGAAGCCCAGCAAGCGGCUGUCUGCUGCGCGGCGGCACGGCCAAUGCUGCACCAACUGCGGCUCGCGCAACACCACGCUGUGGCGGCGCAACAACGACGGCGAGCCCGUGUGCAACGCUUGCGGACUCUACUACAAGCUGCACGGCAUUAACAGACCUUUGGCGAUGAGGAAGGACGGCAUCCAGACGAGGAAGAGGAAACCGAAGAAGUCUGCGAGCGGCGCCAAGCCCCCGCAGGACAACGCAAAGAAGGACGACCACAGCUCGCCCGGCAUCGACGAGAGUAAACCAAACGUGCCCGAAGCGCUACCACUGACCGCGGGGAGUGCGAGCGGCGCGGCGGGCGCGGGGGGCGUGGGGCGACCGCGCAGCGAGGCCAGCAGCACGCCGGGCGCGCACGCGCACGCGCACGCGCACACACACUCGCACGCGCACGCGCACGGGCACGCUCAGGCGCACGCACACGGACAGCAGUACGGACUGGGCGUGCCCGCGCCCGCCUUCCUCUCCAACCCGUCGCUGUUCAACAUCAAGAGCGAGCCGAGCGCGGCGGGCAGUUACGAGGGCUACGCGCACGCCGCCGCGCCCUACCACUCCCAGCAGCACUAUCUGCACGCGCUCCAGUACGGGCUCGGUAACGGCGAGGAGGAGGAGGGCAGCGGGUUCCUGCACCAGCGCAACGUCACCGCGCACGCCAAGCUCAUGGCUUCCACGUAGCGCGCGCCCCCCGCCUCGCGUCCCGCCACGAGCGUGACACUCCCGCGCCGAGCGU